AUGCAUCCUGCCAGCUACCGCCGUGCAAAUGUAUUCUGUGGUUUGCGAAAGAAUGAUACGAUGCCCAUUAGGCUUCGCGGUCCUCACCGCGUCAUGACUCUAGUUGUAGCGUCCUUGAUACUCUUCAUCACAGCGACAGCAGCCGCUGCCUUCAUUGUGGAGUAUACAGUCACCCAGGUGAUUCAGUCGGACUUGUCAGGUCUACCAUCGAGUCACUGGGCACACUACGCAACCAUGUGUGACACGGCAAGCUCUGCACGAAAGAUUAAACUCUCUGAUUCGCUCAAUCGAAUCUUUGAGCGGGUCAACACCACGAAUGUGCGCUUCCCUUUCUACGCCUGGAACAGCACCUCCUGGUAUGUGAGCAGCAUGGGCUUCCUCUCCCCUACACCGUAUGGCAUGUGCAGCAGCUACUGCCCGCCUCGCUUCUUUGCCGAUCUCCGCGGAACGUACGCAUUUUCUGACAACGCGACGGUGUUGUACGGCGGCGGUGGCGACUGGCCCAUGAUCGGCUUCUACACAAUGCCAUUCGUGAUGACUGAAGUGAACGCAUUGAAGAGUUUUGUUUUGGCUCUUGAAUCCUCCGAUGACAGUGGUGUACGCACCACUGUGGAGUACUGCAACGUGCCGAUUCGUGGGGCAACAGGCUCUGCACAGACUCAGCUGACGGCACAGGUGGUGGUGUACGCCAACGGCACCAUCAUUAUGCGGUACGCCUCGCUGCCAGACACCAGCAUGCUGCCCGAAUACAUGCCGAGCACGGGGCUCGUCUACUCGAAGACGCUGCGCACGGUAGUGCCGACGCCGACGGCGGCGAACGGCAUUGUCGCGUACCGCUUCGACCCCGUGCUUGACGCGUGUGCCGCACAUGGCGAUGCCUCGGUGUGCACGGCGGACACGGGGGGCGACUGCGUGUGGUGCUCCUCCACCUCCGCGUGUUGUGCGAGCACGUUGGCGUCGGAGGUGUGCCCACGCGGGCAGUGGGCAACACCUGCGAGGAGCACGGCUGCCUUCGCACCACAGAAAUUCUACGACGUCACUGUGGACUUCGCCACCCCAUUCGUGACAAUGUCGAGCUUCAACUACGUCUCCACGCUGGAGAACGACUCCUUCCCGCUUCAUCUGGAGUACCCUGAGCAGAACAUCCCACUGUUCCACACGCCAUCGGAGUCCAUCAUGAACUGCAUCCCUGGCGCGUCGUGCCCCACGCAAGCCGACUCACACCCUUGCGGUGUUUAUAGCAGCGUGUGCGUGAACGGUAAUUACACGCUCGCAAUCUUGGCACUUGAGUCAUCGUUCUCUUUUAGACAGGCCGGGCUCUGGGUCGCACAGGUGCUACCCGAGCGGGCCCGCGGUGAGCAGCUCUGCGAAGAGGAAGAGGGCUGCGCAACAGGCUUGGUAGGCCAUUUGACAGGGGUUUCCUUCAGAAAUUCCUACUCUUUCAUGCCGCUCUUCUCUGUGCAGCUGUACGCCGACGCAAACGGCGUAAUUGACAUCACGAUCCAGUGCGCAAGCUGUGAACAAGGUGACCCGAUGCUGGCGUACCCUCCCAUGCGCGUUGGACUUGUCCGCUAUGGUGUGGACGACGCAUCAUCGGUCAUGAUCCCGCAAGGCCUCCUGCGCAGUGGGCUGCACGUCCGCUUCGUGCCGCAGUCGAGCUGCAAGGACUGCGGGCUGAACGGCUGGUGUGACGAGUCCUCGGGUAGGUGCCAGUGUCAGCCGGGGUACUACGGCCGCAGCUGCCUGGCGUGCCCUGCGUGCUGGACGGGCAGCAUGUGCGACGAGGGGAUCAUGGGCAGUGGGACGUGCCUGUGCAGCGGAGGGGCGUGCGAGGCAGCGUGUGCCAACACGAGCGGCGGGAGCGUGCCGUCGAGGAGCUGCGGCGGGUGCGACGCUGUUGGUGGGCGCUGCAACUGCGGCGUGUGCGAAUGCCGGGAUGGGUGGAGCGGCGCGGGCUGCAGCGAGGCUCCUGCUGACGCGUGCCGCGCGUACUCGUUCGACGGUUGCGAGGUGUGCGGACAGCACGAGGGGUGCGUGUUCUGCCAUGACUCGACGUGCUUCAAUCCUGCGCUGAGUGGGACGCGUGACGGGUACACAUGCUCGUACAGCACCCCCGCCGCCGACAGGCAGGCGUGCGUGACCUACGGCAGCCGUGGCUUGAAGCCACAUGUGUACAACGCCUUGGACUUCAUCGCGAUCAUUAGUUUGGCCUUAUCAGCACCCGUUAUCUUUUCGAUGCUCGUCAUCGCCGCCGUAGUUCGCCGCAAUCGUCAAACUCUGAAUCCAAUGGAUGCAUUUUCGGUGGUAGGAGCGCCGGGGUUUCGCAAUUUGAGGAGGGAGCGGGAGGUAGUUCAGGGUGCCCUCACACGAGGUCGGGUGCCGCAGAGAGAGAUCAUGGGCAUUCCGUUGAAGCAGGUAUCCCUUCGACGGCUGUUCAAGCGGCGAAAGGAGGGCGUAAUGAGCGCGCAGUGA